AUGAAGCCUGAUUUUCAUACUUACUGUGUGGUGUUGGAUGGAUUAUGCAAGACUGGACAUGUCGACGAAGCAUUGCAGUUAUUCCAUGCAAUGGAAGCUGAUGGAACAAAUUUUCACAUUGGAAUGUACAAUAUCAUGCUUGAUGGGUUGUGCAAAAGCAGGAGGCUCAAUAGUGCUCGAGAACUUUUCAACAAUCUCUCCCUUAAAGGAUUGGAUCUUGAUGUUAGAACAUACAACACCAUGAUUGCUGGUCUGCUUUCAGAAGGUCUGCUCAUCGAAGCCAAAGAGCUUGUUAAAAAGAUGGAGGGGAAGGGUUGCCUGCCAAAUGAUUUUACAUACAAUGUUAUACUGCGAGGACUCCUUAAGGGAGGUCAUUAUGAUGAUGCGAUGGUCUAUCAUGAAGAAAUGGUUCAUAGAGGAUUCUCGCUGGAUGCACAUACCUUUUCCAUUUUACUUGAUUUAUCUGCUGAGAAUCAGAACAAUCCUUCUGUGCUAAUGUUGAUGCUGAAGAUUGAUCCCGAUAGCAAGAAGUUCAUAGAUGGGGAACGAAGAGGACCUUCACAUUAG